AGGUAACCUAAUAGCGAUGGUUCAUAACGCCAAUAUAGUAAUAUAGAUCCCUUCUUGACACCUUCUAACGUAGCCUAUAGAAUGAAAAUCUUGUUUCAUUGAUAUUUGUCUACAGUAUUAGUCUUGUGUAGACUGGAAGAGGUCGUGGGCAAUCAUAGGUACGCUAGCUCUUCCUGGAGUUUGGCCACAGGUCAUUUUCAAAAUUCAAUCCGCGCCAACAUUUUUUUCAAUAACCUUUUGGCUGUGGCUUCAAAAAGCUCAGGUUGACAAACGAGCCGAUUUCACAAAGCAUCUACAUCCCCUCAAAGUGUUUAUACACAAUUUAAUUGAAAAUGUCGAUGAAAAAGCUACAAGCUGAUAUUGACCGUGUGUUGAAGAAGGUCUCAGAAGGGGUGGAAAUGUUUGAAUCCAUGAUUGAUAAAUUGGAAGCUGCACCUCCCGGUAACCAAAAGGAAAAGUGCGAAUCCGACUUAAAGAAAGAAAUCAAAAAGCUACAGCGGCUUCGCGAUCAAAUUAAAACGUGGAUUUCAAUGAACGAGAUAAAAGACAAGUCGGCCCUGAUGGAAAACCGAAAGCUUAUCGAACAACAAAUGGAGCGAUUUAAGGUUAUAGAAAGAGAAAUGAAGACAAAAGCAUUUUCAAAAGAAGGUCUAUCUCAGUCAGCAAAACUUGAUCCAAGAGAAAAAGAGAAGCUUGAAACGAGCGAAUGGCUGUCAACGACAGUGGAAGAGCUUGAUCGUCAACGAGAGAUGAAGGAAGCGGAAUUAGAGACCAUGCAGCGAGGGACGAAAAAAGGCAAAAAGGAUCACGCAAAGAAUGAGCGAAUGAAAGAAUUUGAACAUCAGAUUGAGCGAUACAAGUGGCAUGUCAACCGGCUUGAGCUUAUCAAUCGAUUACUUGGUAAUGAUCAACUGGAUACCGAGCAGGUCCUAUCAAUUCAGGAAGACGUGAAAUACUUUGUCGAAUCAAAUCAGGAACCUGACUUUGAGGAGGAUGAGUACAUAUACGACGACUUGAAUUUAGAAGAAGAAGAGCGUAUCUACAGUAUACCGAAUGCUGAUGAUGUGAUUCCAAGUCUGGAAGACGAAGAUGAUCCCGAACUGCUUGCAUCUGGUAGGAUUCCCUCAUUACCACCAGCAAAAUCAACGUCAUUACACGUACAGACCACACCAAUUACAAAAACAAAAGACGAUUCUACAGCUACAUCACCCGUCAGUACCAAGUCUAAUUCGCCAUUACUUGCCCGUUCACCAGUGGAUAUCAAGCCGCCAUCAGCGAAAAUGCCAGUGGCACCAACAAUUCAGUAUGCACAAGCAGCUGCAUCACAUACACAACGAAAGCGAACAGAUAGUGGGACAGGUUCAACGCAAUCUGUGCACGAUCGUAGCGAUGACGACGACGCGAAAUCCAAUGUACCUGCACCAGCACCCAUACAUACAGAACCAGUUGCUGCAGAGGGUAAUGGUAUCCGCCAUACUUCACCACCAAAACAGGAGCAGAAAGACCCGAGCGCCAAUAUGCCGUCGACCCUAUCUGAUCUGGUGUCCUCCUUUGAAGCGCUGAAGUCUCGAGCUGUUGGGAAGAGCGAUCAGGAGUAUAAUUCGACGAUGUUGGAUGCCAGUUUUAUGCUCGUUCCUGAUAUUUUUGAGUGUGAAAGGCCCAAGCAGUAUCAAGCAAAGCAGCCUUAUCAAACACCAUCAUACUAUCCCCAAACUGCAUUGGACAUAUUUGAUAAUCCUGCCUUUUUUGAGAGAGUGGAUGUUGAUGCGCUGUUCUUUAUCUUUUAUUAUCGACAAGGAACCUAUCAACAGUACCUGGCAGCUAGAGAACUGAAGCGACAGUCAUGGCGAUUCCAUAAAAAAUACCUCACGUGGUUCCAGCGACAUGAAGAGCCGCAGACCAUAACAGAGGACUAUGAACAGGGAACGUACAUAUAUUUUGAUUAUGAGCACGCAUGGUGCCAACGAAAGAAAUCAGACUUCCGCUUUGAAUACAGAUUCUUGGAAGAUUCAGAUUUGAUAUAAGUCUUCUGUAUAUUAUGAAUAAACCCUCUCCCUUCCUUGCUUCUCAAUAUCGUUUACAAAAGAUCUUCAUCGGCAUCACUGUCGUCAUUCAUCCAGUCAUCAUUAUUUAGCAGCUCCUCGCUUU